AUGCGGCUAGACGUUAAGAGACAACUCUUUGCCCGCUCGGACCGAGUGAAGGGGAUCGAUUUUCACCCCACUGAACCAUGGAUUCUGAGCACCUUAUAUAGCGGUCACGUAUACAUCUGGUCCUACGAAACUCAAACCCUAGUAAAGACCUUUGAAGUUACCGAUGUCCCUGUUCGUGCCGGUCGCUUUAUCGCGCGAAAGAACUGGUUUGUGGUCGGUUCCGAUGACUUCCAUCUUCGGGUGUUCAACUACAACACCUCAGAAAAGAUCGCGGCUUUCGAGGCGCAUCCCGAUUAUAUCCGUUCGAUCGUUGUACAUCCGACACAACCGUUCGUGCUCACUGCAAGUGAUGACAUGACCAUCAAGUUGUGGGACUGGGACAAGGGCUGGAAGUGUGUACAGACAUUUGAGGGACACAGCCACUAUGUCAUGAGCUUGGCCAUUAACCCCAAGGACACAAAUACAUUCGCUUCUGCAUGUUUAGACAGAACGGUCAAAAUUUGGAGCUUGGGCGGUGGAGGAAGUGCUAACUUUACUCUAGAGGCGCACGAGACUAAGGGUGUCAAUCACGUCGAUUACUACCCAGCUGCCGACAAGCCCUAUAUUCUCACCACCUCUGAUGAUCGAACAAUCAAAAUUUGGGAUUACACGAAUAAGUCUUUAAUUGCUACUCUUGAGGGCCAUACAUCGAAUGUUUCUUUUGCUUGUUUCCACCCAGAGCUCCCAGUAAUCAUUUCCGGUUCUGAAGACGGCAGUGUUAAGAUUUGGCACGCAAAUACCUACCGCCUAGAGCAGACUUUAAGUUAUGGGCUUGAGAGAGCAUGGUGUGUUUCCUACCAGAGGGGCAAGAAUGCCCUCGCUAUCGGAUUCGACGAAGGAUGUGUGGUUAUCAAGAUGGGAAGGGAAGAACCGGCUGUCAGUAUGGAUGCAGGUGGAAAGAUUGUAUGGGCAAGACAUAACGAGGUCUUGACCGCGGUUGUCAAACCCGGCGAUGUAUCUGUCAAGGAUGGUGAACCAUUAUCACUUCCCCACAAAGAUCUUGGCUCUUGUGAGAUUUAUCCACAAUCCCUUCUCCACUCCCCCAAUGGCCGUUUCGUGUCAGUUUGUGGUGAUGGGGAGUAUAUCAUCUACACUGCUUUGGCUUGGAGGAACAAGGCAUUCGGGCAGGCAUUGGACUUUGCUUGGGGUUCUCGAGACAACAGCAAUGAUUACGCUAUUCGAGAGAGCCCGACUAGCGUUAAAUUGUUCAAGAACUUCAAGGAGAAACCUGGAGGUUUGGACGUUGGAUUCGCUGCUGACGGGUUGAUCGGGGGUGUUCUACUUGCCGUUCGGGGAGCUGAGACGGUUGGGCUUUUUGAUUGGGAAACUGGCGCUUUGGUUAGAAGGAUCGACGUGGUGCCACAUAACGUUUUCUGGUCUGAUAGUGGUGAACUUGUGACUCUUGCUUGCGAGGAUGCUUUCUACGUUUUGCGAUUCGACAGAGACGAGUACGUCGCUGCCGUUCAGAAUGGAACUGUUGAAGAUGACGGUGUAGAGGCUGCUUUUGAGGUUAUCACUGAUAUUCAUGAAUCUGUUCGCACUGGUGAAUGGGUUGGUGAUUGCUUCAUCUACACAACUUCUACUAACCGCCUCAACUAUCUCGUCGGCGAUCAAACAUACACCAUCUCUCAUUUUGAUUCUCCCAUGUACCUUCUCGGAUACAUCCCCCGCGAUGGCCAUAUCUACCUUGCUGAUAAGGAUGUCAAUGUUGUCUCAUACUCACUAUCUCUCAAUGUUGUUGAGUACCAAACCGUUGUCCUCCGAGGCGAUAUGGAUGCCGCUGCAGAGCUCCUGGAAACGAUUCCUCAGGACCAAAAGAACAAGAUUGCACGAUUCCUUGAAGGGCAAGGCUAUAAAGAGCUUGCUCUAGAGGUUGCUACAGACCCCGAGCACCGCUUUGACCUCGCUCUCGGCCUCGGAAACCUUGAGAUCGCACUUGAGAUUGCUCGAAGUGCCGACGCUGAACACCGCUGGAAAACCGUUGGUGACGCAGCUCUCGCCGCCUGGGAUCUUGUGCUCGCGGAGGAGUGUUUCCGUGCCGCCAAGGACCUUGGCUCACUCCUCCUUCUUCACACAGCUACUGGAAAUGUUGAGGGUCUUAGAGAGCUCUCAAAGUCUGCGGAUGCGGCAGGGUCUAACAAUGUUGCAUUCGCAUGCUUGUGGCAAACGGGCGAUAUUGAGGAUUGCACUAACCUCCUUGUAAAAACCGGGAGGAUCCCAGAGGCGGCUCUUUUCACACAGACAUAUAAGCCAAGCUUGACCAAAGACGUGGCAGUGAAGUGGAAGAACAGUCUUAGGGAUGCCAAAAAAGAGAAACUGAGUGAGGCGAUCGCGGUCCCGGGAGAGGACGAUGAAUUGUUUCCGGAGUGGGAUGAGUAUUUAAGGGUAGAAGCAGAAGCACCGGCAGCAGGGGAGGACUUGAUCGAUGUUGCGGAGGAAAUCGUGGAUGCUCCAGCCGAGAUUGUAGAAUCAUAG